GUCAAAGAAAUUAAACCGGAGCGCAUUGUUUAUCAUUUUUCGAGCUUUUUCAAACUUUCGUUAUCGUUCGCAAUCGAGUUUGAAAUGAAAUAAGCUCGAAAUAAGCUUUCCUGUAUUUCAGCUGUUGAUCUAGUAUCAAUUCAAAACUAUCUACGAAGCUGCCAAAUGAAGAGUUCAUCGGUUUCUUUGUUAUGAAAAUUUUCAGGUCCAGAAUCAACGUAUAAUUCGGCAAAAAUGAUAUUGGACGUUGAUGGCUUAAGGGUAUUCUUCCCUUACGAGUAUAUUUACCCUGAGCAAUAUACUUACAUGGUGGAACUGAAGAAAGCUUUGGAUGCUAAGGGCCAUGGUCUCCUAGAGAUGCCUUCGGGUACUGGAAAAACAACAACUUUACUAUCAUUGAUUGUGGCUUACAUGCGUGAGCACAGAUACAGCGUCAACAAGUUGCUAUAUUGUUCACGAACAGUGCCCGAAAUUGAAAAGGCUAUCGAAGAAUUGCGCGUAUUAUUCGAGUAUUAUAAAAAACAAGGCGAAGAUCUCAAUUUCCUCGGUUUAGUUCUAUCAUCACGUAAGAAUCUCUGUAUUCACCCGGAGGUGAGUAAAGAGAAAGACGGGAAGAUCGUGGAUGGAAGAUGUCACAGUCUUACUGCACCUCAUAUCAGAGAUCGCCAUUUAUCGGACAAUAGUGUACCGAUUUGUAGUUAUUAUGAAAAGUACGAAGCAGUUGGAAAAGAAGCUUUGCUCAGUCCGGGAGUUUACAAUAUCGAAGAUCUCAAAGAGCUUGGAAAAGAUUUAAAUAUUUGUCCUUAUUUCUUGGCCAGAUACACUAUUAUACACGCUAAUAUUGUCAUCUACAGUUACCAUUAUUUAUUAGAUCCUAAAAUCGCCAGCGUUGUUUCUAAAGAAUUGGCUAAAUCUUCGGUAGUAAUUUUUGAUGAAGCUCAUAAUAUCGAUAAUGUUUGCAUCGAGUCAAUGAGCGUUAAAAUAAAUAAAAGAAUGGUUGAAAAAGCUAUUGCGAAUGUUAGUACGUUGGAAAAAACCAUCAUGAACUUAAAAGAACGUGAUGCUAAGAAGUUAAAAGAAGAAUAUCAAAAAUUAGUCGAAGGAUUAAGAGAUGCAAGUACGGCUCGAGAAACUGAUACAAUACUCGUAAACCCCGUCCUACCUAAUUCAGUUUUACAAGAGGCUAUUCCGGGAAAUAUUCGGACAGCUGAACACUUCAUUAGUUUCCUCAAACGUUUCAUCGAGUACUUAAAAGUUCGGUUACGUGUUCAACACGUCGUACAAGAAUCACCGGCUGGAUUUCUAAAAGAUAUAUAUCAAAAAGUUUGCAUCGAACGAAAACCUCUGAGGUUUUGCGCCGAAAGAUUAUCAUCUUUAUUACGUACUCUAGAGAUAUCCGAAGUGACUGAUUUUUCUUCAUUAGUAGUCAUUACUCAUCUAGCCACUCUCGUAGCAACGUAUACCAAAGGAUUUGUCAUAAUUGUCGAACCGUUCAACGAUAAAGCUCCAACGGUUUCGAAUCCUAUUCUGUAUUUCUGCUGUUUAGACGCAUCUAUCGCUAUUAAACCUGUUUUUGAAAGGUUUCAAAGCGUUAUCAUAACAUCAGGGACAUUGUCACCGAUCGACAUGUAUCCUAAAAUUCUAGAUUUCCAUCCUGUGAUCAUGACUUCGUUAACGAUGACGUUAGCUCGUCCUUGUUUAUUACCAAUGAUCGUCGCCAAAGGAAACGAUCAAGUUACUAUGACUACUAAAUUCGAAGCCAGAGAUGAUAUAGCUGUGAUACGAAACUAUGGCCAAUUACUUCUUGAAAUCACAAACGUAGUUCCUGAUGGCAUUGUUUGCUUCUUUACGUCUUACAUGUAUUUAGAAUCAGUUGUCGCUAGUUGGUAUGACCAAGGUAUUAUAGAUAGUUUACAGAAGAAAAAAUUACUUUUUAUCGAAACGCAAGAUGCUGCGGAAACCAGUAUAGCUCUCAUAAAUUACAUACAGGCUUGCGAAUGCGGUCGUGGAGCCAUUUUGUUAUCUGUAGCUCGAGGUAAAGUCUCAGAAGGAGUGGAUUUCGAUCAUCAUUUAGGAAGAGCUGUUCUCAUGUUCGGUAUUCCGUACGUUUAUACUAAAUCGAGAAUCCUAAAAGCUAGAUUGGAUUACCUACGUGAUCAGUUUCAGAUCAGAGAAGACGAUUUUCUAACUUUUGAUGCACUUCGACAUGCUGCUCAAUGUGUCGGUAGAGCUAUUCGUGGUAAAAUGGAUUACGGUAUUAUGAUAUUUGCUGAUAAGAGAUUUUCCAGAGCUGAUAAACGUAAUAAACUUCCUAAAUGGAUACAGGAGCAUUUGACUGAUUCGAUGUGUAAUUUAUCAACAGAAGAGGCUGCUCAAAUUUCCAAAAGGUGGUUAAGGCUGAUGGCUCAACCAUUCAGUAGAGAAGAUCAACUGGGCGUUUCUUUACUGACUAAAGAACAACUUGAGACAAAAAAAUAUGAACAAGGAAUUCGAUGAGAAAUUGAUGAGAAAUUAACCGCUAUAAUUUAUUUUGAUGAACGUCCAGCCGAUGGAAGCCAUUAAAAUAUGAGGAGAAAAAAAAUAAUCAUUUUUUUAUACCCAUAAAUGAAUUUUGCUACGGAAUUUUACCUUUUGGAAUUUUUAUAGAGAUUUGUAUUCAUUUUGUUUGUAAACGUAUAAAGAUUACAUUUUUUUAAAAAGAA